UGGAGGACACACUAAGAGGAUUGCAGAUCAGCCGGGACACAUGCUUCGGAAAUUGACCUUUGACCAAGCAGUGUAUAAAUAAGGCCAGCCAGCAGCCAGAGGGCAGAAAGGACAGGGACACGUGAAGGAGAGUGGUCCGUCCCUGCUGGGGUCGGUCUCACCCGCCAGCCCCAUGGACAUUCUAUUCGGCAGGAACAAGAAGGAGCAGCUGGAGCCUGUAGGGGCCCAAGUGACAGGCAAGAUUCCGCCCUGGCUGCAGGGCACCCUGCUCCGCAAUGGGCCUGGGAUGCACACGGUGGGCGACAGCAGGUACAACCACUGGUUUGACGGCCUGGCUCUGCUGCACAGCUUCACCAUCAGGGACGGUGAGGUCUAUUACAGGAGCAAAUACCUGAAAAGUGACACCUACAAUGCCAACAUCGAGGCGAACAGGAUCGUGGUGUCAGAGUUUGGAACAAUGGCCUACCCCGACCCCUGCAAAAACAUCUUCUCCAAAGCUUUCUCCUACCUGUCCCACACCAUCCCCGACUUCACAGACAACUGCCUGAUCAACAUCAUGAGGUGCGGGAAAGACUUCUACGCGACCACAGAGACCAAUUACAUGAGGAGGAUCAACCCUCAGACGCUGGAGACCCUGGAGAAGGUGGAUUACCGGAAAUACGUGGCGAUAAAUCUGGCAACAGCACAUCCUCAUUAUGAUGCGGCUGGAAAUGUUCUCAACAUGGGUACAUCCAUUGUAGACAAGGGCAGGACAAAAUAUGUGAUAUUUAAAAUCCCUGCCAGAGCACCAGAGGCCAAGAGGAAGGGGAAGAGCCCCCUGAGGCACACAGAGGUGUUCUGCUCCAUCCCCUCCCACUCACUCCUCUCCCCCAGCUACUACCACAGCUUUGGGGUCACCGAGAACUACGUCGUGUUUCUGGAGCAGCCGUUCAGGUUGGACAUCCUCAAGAUGGCAACCGCGUACAUGCGGGGGGUGAGCUGGGCCUCCUGCAUGGCUUUCCACAGGGAGGACAAGACUCACAUUCACAUCAUCGACCAGAGGACCAGAAGGCCGGUACCCACCAAGUUCUACACGGAUGCCAUGGUGGUCUUCCACCAUGUCAAUGCCUAUGAGGAAGACGGCUGUAUUGUGUUUGACGUCAUCGCUUACAAGGACAGCAGCCUCUACGACCUCUUCUACCUGGCUAACCUGAACCAGGACUUCGAGGAGAACUCCAGGCUCACAUCGGUGCCCACCCUCCAGAGAUUCGCUGUGCCGCUCCACGUGGACAAGAAUGCAGAAGUGGGCUCAAAUCUAAUCAAACUCACAUCUACAACUGCAACUGCCCUGAAGGAAAGGGACGACCACGUCUACUGCCAGCCUGAGCUGCUGUUUGAAGGCCUGGAGCUCCCUCGGAUCAAUUACACUCACAAUGGGAAGCCGUACAGAUAUGUCUUCGCCGCUGGAGUUCAGUGGAGCCCAAUCCCCACCAAGAUUCUGAAAUACGACGUCCUCACCAAGUCGUCCUUAACGUGGCGAGAGGCGGGCUGCUGGCCGGCGGAGCCCCUGUUCGUGCCCGCACCAGACGCCCAGGAGGAGGAUGAUGGAGUUAUCUUAUCAGCCAUUGUCUCCACUGACCCCCAAAAGCUGCCUUUCCUCCUGAUUCUGGAUGCCAAGAGCUUCACGGAGCUGGCUCGCGCCUCGGUUGCCGUGGACAUGCACCUGGACCUCCAUGGGCUGUUCAUCCCAGAGUCAGACUGGCCUUCAAGUAAUCAGGCUGCGUCCGAGGUGCCGCAGGACCCGGCUUCAGACAGCCAGGGGCCCCACCGGCCCGCUGGGGCUGGCGGGUUGGGGUUCCCCUGGCGGACUGCUCAGGACUAAGCCCGCCACCAGUGGAGGGUCCCAAAUUUCAUUCUUAUCUGCUGUCUUUGUGGGUGCCAUGUCAGAGCACGGAGACAAAGCUCACCAGCACACCUUCUUCCGUUUCAUUUGAGCCAUAGAGCCAGGCACAGUGGCACGCACCUGUAACAGCUCUCUGGAGGCUGAGCCA